CAAAACAUAAUCGAACCUCUUCUUUCAGCUUUAGUUAUACUCAACAUGGCAGAAGCAUAAACUUUGCAGUUUGCCCACAUAUGGAGCAAAGAUAAAUCAUCUAAUCCUUGAUUAUUCAUUAUUUUUUACUUUCAAUUCUGAUUUUUCUACUAGUUAUUUUGAUUUAUCACUUGCAUCAUUGAAUCUUAGGGUUUUUGGUUUCAUCUCUCCAGAUUAGGUGUCUCUCAUUUUUUACUAUUUGAAUUAAAAUACAAUUAUCGAAGAAAAAAGUCCAAAUUUGGUCAUUGUUUUGAUCAUUUGGCCCGAAGUGCAACAACCAUUUUUCUCAUACACAAUUUCCUGGCCAGAAAGUUUUCCAAUUUCCAAGUGCUUAUUCAGCCAACAAAUAAUAAAGUCCUUAAACAACGACUGGAAAUCAACCACGCACAAGACAAGGCAUGUGCCGGAGAACAGUGACUAUUGUUUUCUAAGAAAGGUAUCAUGAUCACCAUCCAUUAUCGUUAUUCUGAUCGAGCUAGCACUGAAACCGCAGAACAGUGAUGCCCAGGUCAAGCACUCAUCCUGGUGUGAAAACCUAUUAGUUUUUUGGUCUAGGAAAACUUAUUAGUUUUUGUGUAAACACUACCUGGAAUUUAAAGAAAGAAAGAAAGAAAAGGUCGGGUCAACAGAUUAUUUCCAAGUCUUGUCUCUAGCCAACAACAAAAAGGUUAGUAAGUAAUGCCGUCGCAAUUUCGUAUUUAUUUCCCCCACAAGCUUCACGCAUCUACGAGCAUCAUUUUCCACCCUACCCACUAAAACAACGUGGACCCAUUUAUCAUAUAACCAAAACAUUUCCCCCUAUAAAUUCCCCUCCUCACUCACUUCAAGUCCCAUCUUUCACAACCAAAAAAAAAUAUAAAGCAUCAUCUACCAUCCACCCACAAUCAUCUACCUCUCGAUCUCGCUCUCUUUCUAAAGCUUCCUCCAUAGCUUUCUAGCUCUAGAAACAGAUAAACUAGCCUAAGUGAGUAAUCAGUAGUUACUUAAAAUGAGUGCACCGAUGGAUAUGCUUCCCAAAUGCGAUGCCAAUUACGCAGCUCUCACCCCUACAACUUUCUUGAAGAGAGCUGCUGCGUUUUAUUCCAACCGUACUUCCCUCAUCUACGAAGGAACUCGCUUCACAUGGCGCCAAACAAAUGACCGUUGCUGCCGUCUCGCUUCUUCCCUUCUUUCCCUUAACAUUGCCAAACACGACGUGGUUUCGGUGUUGGCUCCCAAUAUUCCUGCAUUGUAUGAGAUGCAUUUCGCCGUGCCGAUGGCUGGUGCGGUGCUCAACACCAUCAACUGUCGACUUGAUCCCAAAAACAUCACCUCCAUUCUGAAACACUCUGGCGCCAAGGUCUUCUUUGUCGACUACCAGUACGUCCCUCAGGCGCGUGAGGCACUCAGGAUUCUCAUGAUGAGCUCUCAGCCAUCCAUGAUGCCGUUGGUCAUCGUGAUCGACGACAUCGACUCACCCACCGGAGUUCGGUUGGGAGAACUCGAGUACGAGCAGCUCAUCCACAAGGGCAAUCCCCGGUUCGUCGGCAUCGACGUCGCCGACGAAUGGGACCCAAUUUCCUUGAAUUACACUUCUGGCACAACUUCUGAACCAAAAGGUGUUGUGUACAGCCACAGAGGUGCUUACUUGAGCACUCUGAGCCUAAUUCUGGGUUGGGAAAUGGGGGGCGAGCCUGUUUAUCUAUGGACGCUCCCUAUGUUCCAUUGCAACGGCUGGACCUUCACCUGGGGCGUGGCGGCACGCGGUGGGACCAACGUCUGCCUCCGCAACACCACCGCGUACGACAUCUACCGCAACAUUAAAAGACACCACGUGACCCAUAUGUGUUGCGCUCCCAUCAUUUUCAACAUGCUCCUCGAGGCCAAGCCCCACGAGCGCUGCCACAUCACAAACCCUAUUGAGAUCCUCACAGGAGGAGCACCACCACCGGCUCCGCUGCUCCAGAAAAUCGAGCCGCUUGGGUUCAAAGUCACCCACGCGUACGGCCUGACCGAAGCAACCGGACCGGCUCUGGUUUGCGAGUGGCAGGCCAAGUGGAACAAGCUACCGAAAGAUGAGCAAUCCAAGCUGAAAGCGAGGCAAGGGAUAAGCAUACUGACUCUGGCUGACGUGGACGUGAAGGACCUGGAUACAAUGGCGAGUGUUCCCCACGACGGCAAGACCAUGGGAGAGAUUGUGUUGCGUGGAAGUAGCAUUAUGAAAGGCUACUUCAAGGACAGCGAGGCCACCAACAAGGCAUUCCGGAACGGCUGGUUCUUGACCGGAGACGUCGGCGUUAUACACCCCGAUGGUUACCUAGAAAUCAAGGACAGAUCGAAAGACGUGAUUAUCUCCGGUGGGGAGAACAUCAGCAGUGUGGAAUUGGAGAGCGUGCUCUACAGACACCCAAACGUUUUGGAGGCGGCGGUGGUGGCAAUGCCGCACCCUCGCUGGGGUGAGAGUCCCUGUGCUUUUGUGACGCUCAGAAGUGACACCACCGUCGUGACCGAAGCUGACAUCAUCGCCUACUGUCGGAAGAAUCUGCCGCACUUUAUGGCUCCGAAAAAGGUGGAGUUUAUGGCUGAGCUGCCCAAGACUUCGACCGGGAAGAUUCAAAAAUUCGAGCUCAGGGUUAGGGCGAAGGCAUUCAACGUCGUCGAAUCAUCGGAUCAACAAGUCAUUGAUCCUAGUUACAACGAGCAGAUUCUUGCUUUGUCUCGUCUGUGAAGUUUUUUUUAAUUUUAAUUGUUCCACCCAAUCAAGUAUUAUAGAAUAAAACUUCAAUUACUAGUUUAAUUACUUAAGCAUUACAUCCGAUUAAUAUACCAAGUAGUUUUUUUUAAACUACGUACUGGUGCAGUUGUGCCUA